AUGAACUUUGAUUGUUUUGGUGAACUUGAUAUUUUCACUGAUGGUUCUAGGUUUGGGGAAAGUGUUGGCCUAUCUUUUGUUGUUUACUAUUAUGGUAUAGAAAUUGAUUAUUCAAAGAUAAAGUUAGAAAAAUUUAAUUCUGUGUUUCAGGCUGAACUUGCUGCUAUUUAUUUUGCUAUGAAAUGGAUUAAGAAAAACCUAUCUAAGAGUUAUAGUAUUGUAGUUUAUAGUGAUUGUUUAUCUGGAUUACAGGCCUUGAAAAGCUACGAUUGUAAUAACUCUUUAGUUAUGGAUAUUAAGUGUUUAUAUAAAGAAAUUGAAGGUUUGCAUAAUAUUAAAUUUAGAUGGGUUAAGUCCCAUGUGGGUAUUGAAGGUAACGAGAGGGCCGACGUGUUGGCCAAAGAGGCGACUUUGGAUGUUUCCGGGGAGUGUUCCGUUGUCCAGCCUUCAAGAAAAAUGGUUAUUACUAGAAUCAAACAGUAUUAUAUUGAUUUGUGGUAUGAUAAUUGGAAUAAUUCGAAUAGAAGAAAAGAAUAUGCCUAUUAUUUAAAACCUAUGUUUAAUAAAAGUAUUUCUUGUCAUUUGGAUUUUAAUCAAAUUGUUACUGGACAUGGGCGCUUCCCGGUGUAUCUUAAAAGAUUUGGCAUACAAGAGAAUGAAUAUUGUCAUAAUUGUGGAGUUGUCGGAUCGGCAAAGGCACUAUGUGGAAGAAUGUACACUUACUUAUGUGGAAGAUAUGUACACUUACUGAAAAAAAUAUAA